AUCACGAAUGACUUGGGCUUGCAUGUCGACAUGGCUGUCUUUUGAAACGGCAACUUGAGUAUACCCCGGCUUAGAGGUGCCCCUUUGGAUGAAUGGCUUGGAUAGGCGUCUUGGGUAAUACAUUGUUAUGGUUUUCUAUUCUUAUCGCUGCAUGCUGGGUCUCGUCUCGCAACUGACCACAUUGUUCUUUAUCUCCCAGCUCCAUUCACCCUUACGUCCCACAAGGAAGCACUGGCUAUUGCUACACACGAUCCGCUCCUCAAGCCUACACCACCACCUUGCCAAAGCACCCUCAUCCUCAACCAUGUCUCCGCGUGAAGUAGAACAUUCCACACCUCUCCUCAAACUGCUCCAGAAUUACAACAGAACGCGGUCCACGCGCAUACCCGGCAACUUGCCUCGGCCAGCACAGAUACCACGUCUGUGCCUUCCACCGCUCAACCCUCCUCCCUUCAACGUAUCACAACAUCUACUUCAAGGUCCCCAGCUCUCAUCAAGCACUACGCACGCUUCCUCCAAACUCCAGACACGUCUGCAUAGCGCACCAGCAUCUAAACCGACACCGAGAAAGCGGACCCCGGUGCAGAUAGCGCUCGAGCGCGCGGCGAUACAGGGGUACCAUCUUGGGACGCCGGACAAGCGGAUCGCUGUGUUGGAGAGGGAGGUGCGGUGUUUGAGGGAGGCCAUGAAGCGGCCGAAGCAGAGUGUGGGUGUCUGGGGGAAGAAAAGGGAGAAGGCGAGUGUGGGGAAGCGAGGGCAUGUACGCGCGUGGCGGGAUAGGUGAUUAUCAUCGGGGAAGUGGCUUAGACAUCGGGUGGAAUUUGUAUUUGGAUUUGUCUUGCCCGUGUAUAUGCUUGCGAGACCUUUGGCU